CUGACGAUCAGAGAACAGUAAACGCGCUACACGAGCGAGAAACAGAGGUGUAUGACAAGAUCUCCCUAUUCUGCGCCUGGACGUCCAAACCCAAAGUCAUAGUAAAAUACAAAGGAAAGGGGAGACCGUUUCAGUGCGUUUCAAGGAGGAUUGCUAACGGAUCACUUUGCAUAGGCAAACGCUCACACUCACUACUGUGGUCGAUGUUGUUAUAACUCAUCCGCCACUUUCACACAGUGGAGGCAUUGCGUUAAGUUGCUUUCAGAAGUUGGUGAAAGUUUUCAUCCUGGUGAGCAGAUAAUAGGACGGAGAUGUUCAGUCCAUUAUGGGGUUUCUAAUGUGGAUGUAGAAUAGAAAUCUUGGAAGAGUCUCCGGAUGACCGACGCAUUUUGGAUGUUACCAUUCUUUGGGGCUAUUCUCUGAGAUUCCUUAGAGGCGGUUGCAAUACAAAAAAAAAGAAAAAGGAUUCCUCUCAGGUGGCACGUCUGCUAUGUUUGGAUGGAUUUGAUUUUACUAUAACCAAGUUAUCAAGAAAUUUUAGAAUUUUUUUUUUUGUGUGUUUUUUCUUUAUUAUUGUGUCUGAUCCAAACGACACCUGAAAUUUUUGUACAACUGUACCACUCACCCUCGGAAUUACAAUCAUGAACAUUGGCAGUUUUGUACAAUUAUUAUUUGCAGCGCUGCUUCAGCUUCAUUUUUAUGCAGUUAAGGCUAGUCUACUGUAAUGAAAAGCAAAGUCCAGACGUCCUGUCUAUUGAGAGCGCAAGGAGAGUGCAAACCUGUUGGCCCCGAACCGAAUAGCCUAGCUGGGUCGCAGAAGACAGCCCACAUACCCAAGGACGGGGAGAAGAGUGAAAAUGAUGUGGUCCCGUUCAUGGACGUGUAUAACAAGAGCAUGUGUCGGACACGGGAGAUGCUGGUGGACAUCUUCCAGGAGUAUCCAGAUGAGAUUGAGCACACCUACAUCCCCUCGUGCGUGGUGCUCAUGCGCUGCGCCGGAUGCUGCAACGACGAGGCGCUCGAGUGUGUCCCCACGGAAACAAAAAACGUUACCAUGGAGGUAAUACAAGUGAAACAGAGAGUAUCGCAACAUCAUUUUCUGUUAAGUUUCACAGAACAUCGAAAGUGUGAAUGCAGACCAAAGCCAGAAGUUAAAGCAAAGAAAGAGAACCACUGUGAGCCUUGCUCAGAGAGAAGAAAGCGCUUGUUUGUGCAGGACCCUCUCACCUGUAAAUGCUCCUGCAAAUUCACACAAUUAGACUGCAAGUCCAGACGACUUGAGUUAAACGAAAGAGCUUGCAGAUGUGACAAACCAAGGAGAUGAGAUGAGGAGAGGGGGGACAAUAAAAUGAAGGAAUAUUUUCUUGGCACAGCACUUUGAAACCUGAGGACGCAUUCCCUGGAUGGACUGAAAAUUACAAUGAAAGAACAAGCAAGAGCGAACGAUGGAGAGAGACUGAGAUGGCAACAUGCCGUUGUAUUUCUAAUAUAUAUAUAUAUUCUAAAAUGACAUUGUGUACUGCUGCUAUAAAAAAAACGAGACAUUAUAAAGUGAACGAAUGCGCCACUGUCUGGCGUGUGAAUUGGACAAAUGUUUAGUUGCCAGGGUGUUUGGGCCUUCGCGUGGAUAGGACUGGGAGUUUUUUGUCAUUUUAUUUUAUGUAACACUUCACUGGAUGUUGGUCUGCUGUGGAUAUGAGUAUCUUAAAUAUAUCUAUAUAUAAAAAAAAAACGAAGAGAAAUCGUGACCAUAACUUCACUGAGAGGUGCAACGGGAACAUGUUUCUCCUCAGACCUCUGAAGGUCUAGAGAACUGUGAGAAAGCAGAACUACUUCCUCUACGGGGUUAUGUUUUUGUCACCGCUGUAUCUACUGAUACCAGAUAGGACUCGGUGUGCGAAUAAUUCUAAAGGGAUAUUAAACGUAGGUAUGUAUGGAGACAAUACUGAACGCGAUUCCGUCUUCCGCUUAGGAACAGUGGCAUUCAACUCGCCACUUUCAAAAUCGAUAAUCUCUAUUUGCUUUGUUUGUCUUCAUUUGUUUUCCAAAGAUAUAAUUGCACACACACACAUUAAAGCAUAGUCCGUUAUAGAAAGAAAAAAGCGAUCUGUAUAUACUUACCUAAUAUCCCUUUGUCUAGUACAGUACAUCUAAUUUAUAAUGCUAGAAUAUUUUCAGUAUUCUGUGCAUUUAAUUUAUAUAUUUAUAUUCAGUGUUAUGGUUGAUAUUGAUUUUACUUCUUCACCUGGCAAUGUUAUCACCAAUCUGUUUGGCCAUGGAAAUCUGUAGACGUAUUUCUUUUAAAAAAAGAAGCGAAAGAUAAACUUCAACAUUCCUGAAAAUGAGAUACUGUAUGUUUUGUUGGGCUAGAGAGGCUGGUAGCAUGUGUCUUGACUUUGUUACAAACAAACCCUGCCACAAAUGUGUUUGUGAAAAGAUGCACAGCCAACGUAGCAGUUUCAGGCGGGACAUGUGUUUUUUGCACUUGAGUGCCCGAAGACACGUCAUGAGGAGGACUGAGGGCGUCUCCCUGACCUUGGUCAGCUUGGGAGAACUCCACACUGAGAGACCGAGACUCUGGCCAGCCCACUUUAGCCAGAACAGGACUUGGCCUAGUGGGGCCUAACCAGGAGCAUUAGGAGACGAUGCUCUCUGCCCUUUGAUGAAAAAAGAAACAUUCUAUUUGUAUUUGCGUGUCAGAAAUGCUUUUUUUGUUUGUUGUAUCAUGUACAGACACAUUUUUAGUAUAUUUUCACAUUAAUAUAUUUAUUGGUGCUGUAAAAUGAUCAGUUUUACAAUAGUAACAUAUUUUUUUGUUUUUAGUGUAACUAUUAACUAUAUUUAUUUAGAAAAUAUAUUGUUUUUUAUUAAACAGAAAAUGCAGUUCUC